UAUAAUGCAUUCUUAAUGGCUUGAUCAUAGACUCCAUUAAUAUUUCUCUGUUAAACCACAUUGGCUUUUGAGAAUAGACAAAUUUCAUUCAUGUAUCUGCCCUCCAAUGGUCACUGCGCAUUACUUUUUCGCCAGCUUUGUUGUGUUUAUGUUUUACCUGCAAUAAAAAAACAACAUAAUAAACGACUUACUUUCAAUUGGUGUACACGUCAUUCAGUUGCCUAGCAGCGGUGUAUACCGAUCUCACUCAUAAACAUUUGGCCUUCAUUCAUAAUGGAUUAACGAUUUAACGAGCGCCCAACGUCGAAAUACGAUGUCAGUCGAGUGAAUUACUGUUAAACUGAUAUUUCGACUUUUGAUCAUAAACGGGUAUCGGUUAUUUUGUGCAAGUCAAUAUGGAACGUGCACAUGGUAUGACGUACAGUGGUGGUGAGGCACAGCUCCACGAGUACUGGGAGGCCUACCAGAAGAUGAUGGAGGAAACGAAAAUGCUGGACGAUUACCUCGAUGAGGAGUGCAGUCCACGUAGUUAUGACGAGGGGGAAGAGGAAGCAGAGUGGUUGAGAGCCGCUGGUCUGGGUGAGUUAACAGAGCCUUGGAAAGCAGGUAGGGAAAUUCAACCUGACGAACUAGGUGCUGCACUUCGUCCACUCUCUCGUGCACAAGCUGAAGCUGUCAAACGUAGAGUGAGAUCUCUCAAUCAUACGGUUAAACAGCGAUUCAAUCAGCGCACAAGAGCGAGAAAACCAGACAUCAGAGAUGUUUUUAAAGACGUUGAAGUGUCCAGCACUGGGACAAGAUCACGCAGUGCUACACCAGACUCAUUAGACUCUGUAUCGGGUGAGACAGCGGACAGUGCAUCACCGCCAUCACCACCAAGUGUUAGUGUUACCGAGAGUCAUCAUUCACAUGUUACUGUGCCAAGUUUUGUCUCGAUCUUUCACUCUCACUCGAAGAAUCCGAAUGAGAAGGAGAGUGUUCGAAGGCUACCCAGUGCUCCCACUGCGGUACAAAAUCCAGUAGCACCCACACCACUUCCAAUGCAAGAGAUAUUUAGAAGGGCUGGACAUCACUGGUCUCACCGAGGUGACAUUGCCUGUGAUUCUGAGGGAAUUCAACUCACUGGCUUUCACAGACUUGGUACUAUUCAUAUUGCUAGACCCCAGAGGCGAAGUGGCAGUGAUCCCAGUGAAGUUGCCAGUACCACUGAUUUGGAUGUCAAACCUGGAAAAAUAUCCGGUAGCAAAGACUCCACUCUCAGGCGUAAUGCCGGCAGUCAUGCAACUGUCACAAGGAGUCACAGCAGUUUGUACGGAUUAACGAGGCCAUGCGAUACCCUGAUAACGAGACCGUUGAGUCGUACGUCCUCCCAUGGACAUUUGAGUUUCGAACAGAUGUGCAGAGCUAAUGAAACUGCCAGUGGUGAUUGGGAAGAUUUGGAGGAUAAGGAUAAUGAUAAGGAUGGUGAUCGUCAAAGAGUUGAGAUGAUGUCCCAAAGGGACAUCAUGAGGCUGCAGCCACUUCUGUGGCUUGAAUUAACAUCGGUAUUCGAUAAAUACAAUGUACCACUCACUAAACGCAAGCCAAAUAAACGCAGACGUAAAGCUGGAAAUUUAUUCGGUGUUUCGUUGUCCACGCUGUUACUUCGAGAUAGUCAGUUGACUAAUGAAGAGAGUAACAUUCCUCUGGUUUUUCAAAAAUUAUUGAAUGAAUUGACGAGGCGUGGGGUCAAGGAGGAGGGUAUCCUUCGAGUGGGUGGCCAUAAACAAAAGGUGGAGUCACUGUGCAGUGAAUUGGAGACGGACUUUUAUAGUAAACCUAAGGAGAUUGAUAAGUUGUUUCAACGCAGUCCUUGUCACGACUUGUCAGCUGUGCUGAAGAAGUUGUUGAGGGAUUUGCCACAGCCACUGUUAACGGUUGAGCUUAUUGAUGCCUUUUAUCAAAGUCAUGGUGUCAAGAGUCCUAAUGAAUUAUCCUAUGCGUUAAAUCUUCUGGUACUACUGUUACCAGUGGAACACCGCUGUACCCUCAAAGAAUUAUUAACAUUCUUCCAAUUAGUCGUGGAGAAUCAGAGCUCAAACAAAAUGUCAAUUCACAAUGUAGCUAUGAUCGUUGCACCCUCAUUAUUUCCCCCGAGAUACAUUUAUCCACGUGAUCGUACUGAUUUGAGUGCUCAGGUAAAUAUGGCCGCUGUUUGCUGUCAAGUGACAGAGGCAUUGCUCAUUAAUAUGGAUAAACUGUGGGAUGUGCCUAGUAAUUUAAUUGGCCAGUUGCGGAGGCAAUACGAAGAGGAGCGGUAUCGCAAGUACAGGAAGAAAUAAUCCAACGAAUUAUUUUUUGUCAUUACGAAUUAUUCGUGCCUUUCUGCCAGUCUUAAGAUAUGACAGAGUAUUGUAAGAUUAUUCUCAGUAUGUAAAUUCUCGUGUAAAACGGGUUGUCAAUUUUUAAUAUUUUUUCCCCCUCAGAAACACUGGAAAUUACCAUUCUUUGAUGUUUAUUUUAUGAUAAAAACACAUUUACGGUUUUUUGUAAUCCGUGGUGCAAUAACGAAUUUUAUGGGUGCUAUGUAUCCAACAAAGAUUAAUUCUUGUAUUUAUGUAGCGUUUGAACAACGAAUUGAUCGGUUUUAAGGAGUAAAUUCACAGGACUUCCAGUUUUGAGAGAGAAUAUCAAAGAUUUUAUUCAGAUUAAUGUAAGUGGCAUUGAAACUGUUGUUUACAGUAUAGCGUCUCAUAAAAUUGAGGCACUUUUCUAAUUUAGAAUUAAGUUUCGGUACAAUGUACUUCUAACUGUUUAUUAACUCUCACACCUCACCAUACAAACCUCGACGUGUCAUUCUCUUUGCGGCAUUUUUUAUUGUUUAAGAUUUGCAAUUUGACACGCCAUAUUACUCUAAGAUUAUUGUACAUAGCUUCGUACUUUGUUACGUUAAUAAAGUGCCAAAGAAAAUAAU